UUAAAAUAGAAUCCGUUGGAUUUGAUAUCUCUUGUUCGGGGCCGGUUGGGCUCUCAAAUGCGUCUGCCACCCGAAACUUGGUGACGGCGGUGGAUGGUUGGUUUCCUAUCAUUUGCCGGUAACCUUUGUCGAGCAAAUGGAUCCCACCGUCGCUGCCCAGCAGGAUCCAGCAGCCGCCGAGGACUACUCCGCCGCCGCCACCGUGAUCCCCUUUGAAAGCCCCCUACCGCUACUUCGCGGCCCCAUCCCCGCCGGCCCCCGCGACUACCCCGCAGCCGGUCGGUACGUCCUCGCCUUCAAGGAUCCCGCUUCGUGGGCCGCCGCCCUCCGCUCAUGCCGGUCCAAGAUAGCCGAGCAGUGCGAGGAGGGGGCCCGGAUCGGUUGUGCGGUGGCAGCCUCGAGGGCCUGCGCGCCGCCCUGGUGGGCGCCGCUGAUUGGCCAGAAAGUGAAUAUGAAGGAGAGGGAGGCGUGCGAGGUGAGGGAGAUGGAGAGCUGCCUGGCCGAUAAGAAGGAGAAGUGCGCCGAGUUCGCCAAGGAGAAGACCCUGCGGCCGUUCAUGGCCGCGAGGGUUGGGGUUAGAGAGCGUGGCAGGUCAGUGAUAUCUGAAAGGCUGGGGAAGAAGCUGAUUUGUUGUGUUUCUGUGCCAAGCCAAAGAGCGGAUUUUGGGCUUCUGGGUCUGCAAGAUUUGGUCAAUUCUGAAUCUUCUGUGACAAAUUAUUGGGCAAGUGAGAUAUUCCUUGCUGAUGAGUACCUUUGAUGCUAUUCUCUGUGAAAUACCGAAUUUUGUCGUGGUUGUUUUAUGGCAGUUUAGAGUCGAGAUGCUGAUGGUGUGGUGAAUUACUUGUAUGGGAGGAAAUGAGAAGCCAGUUCGGGAAAUUUGGCAGGCGCCUGUGAGAAAGUUCAUUGAGUCGAUUGAUGGGAGAGGAUAUUGUAGGAAUUUGGGAACUAAUCCUGAUCAUUCUCUGUCGCCAGCUUGUGACAAUACGGUGUUGUGAUCCGGAAAUGAAUAGAGAUAUUCAACAUUGGCGCAAAACGUGAUGGAUCGAAUUGAGAGGAAGCUGGUGAAUCUGGGUAAUUAAAUCGGUUCAAGUCUAGAUCGAGAGGGAAGAGGUAAAAGGUUUAUGGAGGACUUCUUGUGGAAUUGGGGGAGACAGAGCCACAUUCUUUAUCAAGAUGUUUAUUUGUAGAGGAAAAUGGCAGUGCGGUAGGGAGAAAUUCAAGUUGGUUUACAAUCAAAGUUGGAGAGGAUCAUACUCACAGUGGGAAGAUCCUGUGCAUAAAUCAAAAGAGAUGGAAGAUGAGGAUAUCCCUUUAUUGCCUGGCAACCUUAGUAAGGGUCCUACCGCCUUCCACAAGCGAUCAAUGGCCAGUGGAUGUAGGUUGGGAUCAAUCCCUGCUAUUUUAUCUCAACCAACCAUCUUACUAGACUAGAGUUGCCCGGCAAUAAGGAUCUGGAUCCAUUUGUUAGAAACAUGAAACAAUCACUACAAAUUACCGAUGCCUCCGAAGUAUGUUUAAUGGGUUCGAAGAAGUUCCUUCAAAAAACAUUCUACAGAGAUGGCAGGAGUAUUACAUGUGUGUUUCAGUUUAUAUUCUCGAUCCAGGCUAGGGAGAUGUGAAGAUCGGUGAUUGAGUGCGGCAGUCUAAUCAGUUGUCCCAGAGCGCCCUGCAGAUCAUUGAGGAGGGGGUGAUUUCUCUUGAGCAUUAAUGAUGCUGCUUGGCAAACCUUUGAGGAAUCACUCAAUAGGGUUCAUCUUGUUGCGGACAAGUAUGACCAGAAGGACUAUGCCUUGGUGCAUUAUUUCAGAUGGAGGGAAUGCUUCGGUCAUUUUCUCAGAGAUUAUGGGUUCUCUAAGUUAUACCAAUAAGGUUGUCUUUCUUCUUUUUGGGAUUUCCGUUGUUUUCAUUUGGAUUGAUAACUUUAUAGAUUGGAAUGAAUCAGAUCUUUUUUUUCUUUUUGGGAUAAA